UACACUGCAAGGAGCUGGAUGAGAGGGAGUGAUGCUCUUCUUGGAUUUAAAGCAAAAGUAUAUAUAUUUUUUGCUUAUGAGCUGAUUUUGGAUACUUACUUGGAUUAAGUCGCUAUGGCAAUGGGUGGUAAACAUUAUCUUUUCGAUUGCUUCACUGGGAAAUAACUGUAAGCUCCGAAUCAGGGAUGACAAAGACAAUAGGAUACCGAGACUGGAGAUGGCAGGCGCUUUGGUGGCAUCAUUUCUUUCUCUUGUGGAUUACAAUAGACGCACAGACUCGUUACAGCAUCCCGGAGGAACUAAAACAGGGAUCGGUGGUAGGAAAUUUAGCCAAAGAUUUGGGUUUGGCAUUAUCAGAGAUUUUUGACCGUAAGCUGCGUGUCGCGCCUGAAGCUGGUAAGCAGUAUUUCAGUGUGGAUGCGGGGAAGGGCGAGCUGGUGGUGAAUGACAGAAUAGACAGAGAGGCUUUAUGCGCACAAAGCACCAGCUGCGUUUUGACUCUGCAAGUGGUGAUUGAUAAACCCUUACAGUUGUAUCGAGUAGAGGUGGAAAUACAAGAUAUCAAUGAUAAUUCUCCAAGAUUCCCAUCGCCAGAAAUAAUAUUACAAAUAGCAGAGUCUACAGCGGCAGGAGCACGCUUUCCUUUGGAGAGCGCACAAGAUCUUGAUGUAGGAGUGAAUUCAGUGAGAUCAUAUACUUUGAGUAAAGAUGACUUUUUCAGUUUAAAAAUUAAAGAUGUGUCCGGUGGACGGAAAGUCCCAGAGUUAAUUCUUUCUAAAUCCCUCGACAGAGAAAAAAAGCCCACACAUCAGCUCCAGCUGACAGCUAUAGACGGUGGGAAUCCAGUGAAAUCUGGCAUCUCUCAGAUAACCGUAAAUGUAUUGGAUAAUAACGACAAUUUUCCAGUAUUUGAGAAAAAUGUUUACAAAGUUUCGAUAAGCGAAAAUAGUGUACAAGGUGCGUCCAUCAUUAAACUGACAGCAAAGGAUACAGAUGAAGGUCUGAAUGGAGAAGUAGAAUAUUCAUUUGGACCGCACACACCAGAUAUCGUCCUAUCUGUGUUUGAUAUUGAUCCAUUAACAGGAGAAAUACGUUUGAUCGGGAAAUUAGAUUUCGAAACAAAUGCUAAUUAUGAAAUAGACAUUUGCGCAAGAGACAAGGGAACUCCGAGAAUGGAAGGGCAUUGCACAGUUCAUAUUGAAGUGUUAGAUGUUAACGAUAAUGCUCCAAAUAUAUUUCUGACCUCUCAACCAAACUCUGUGCCUGAAGACGCACCAAGUGGUACUGUGGUAGCUUUAAUCAGUGCUCGAGACCUGGACUCCGGUCAAAAUGGUAAAGUGACAUUACAGCUCCCCAGGGGUUCUCCUUUUAACCUGAAACCCUCUUUUUCUGAUAAUUACGCACUAGUUACUGCCGGCGCGUUAGAUAGAGAGACUUUCUCGGAGUAUAAUGUUGAGAUAACAGCCACCGAUUCAGGAUCUCCUCCUCUGUCGACAAAGAAGACGAUUCAUGUCUCCAUUACUGAUGUGAAUGAUAACCCACCUGUAUUCACUCAGCCUUCAUAUGCUGUUUAUUUAAAAGAGAAUGGAGUACCAGGUUCUAUACUGUUCUCAGUAUCAGCAUCUGACCUGGAUUUUGGUGACAACGCGAAGAUCUCUUACUCUAUUCUGGACUCUAAAGUGCAGGACGUUUCUGUCUCGUCUUAUGUUUACAUCAACUCAGAUAACGGCAGCAUCUACAGCAUGCACUCGUUUGACUAUGAGAAGCUGAAGGUGUUUCAGAUUCAGGUUCAGGCAAAGGAUCAGGGCUCUCCGUCUCUCAGCAGCAACGCCACAGUCCAUGUUUUCAUCCUGGACCAGAACGACAAUGCCCCCGCUGUUAUUUACCCCUCCUCCGCUGCCCUGGGCUCCCUCUCUCAUCAGAGGAUGCCCCGCUCGGCCAAAGCGGGUCACCUGGUUACCAAGGUGACGGCUGUGGACGCUGACUCGGGCCACAACGCGUGGAUCUCGUACAAAGUGUCGGAGGCCACAGACGCGUCUCUGUUCACUGUCAAUCUGUACACAGGUGAGGUGAGGACUAAACGCGCUGUGUCCGAGCAGGACGACUCCUCUCAGAGGCUGCUGAUAGAGAUCAAGGACGACGGGGAGCCGGUCCAGUCCGCCACCGUCACGGUGUCCAUCCUGCUGGAGGACGGUCUCCAUGAACCCAUCUUAGACCUGAGACACAAAUCGAUGGUGGAGCCGAGCAAGAAAACUGGGAGAAUCACUCUUUAUUUGAUUCUGUCUCUGGCCUCGGUGUCCGUGUUGUCUCUGGUGAGUUUUGUCAUCUUGGCGGUGAAAUGCAUGAGGAGCAGCAGGAGCAGCGGUAGUUGCUGCAUGAGACGCAGCGACUGUGAUGAUUACAAGAACCCGAACAGGAACCUGCAGAUUCAGCUGAACACUGAUGGACCUAUAAAGUACGUGGAGGUCCUGGGAGGAGACAUGUUGUCUCAGAGUCAGUCGUUCAGGUCGUGUAUGUCUCCGAUGUCAGAGUACAGUGAUUUCACUUUGAUUAAGCCCAGCAGCACCACAGACUUUAAGGAGGUGAUCAGUGUCCUGGAUGCGUCUUUACCGGACAGCACCUGGACCUUUGAGAGCCAGCAGGUGAGCACAAAAUAACAGUAGUCUUCUGUG